GGAUCAAAGGGGGCGCCAAAAUUCAUGAAACGUCAAAAAAAACGAAAGGCCUGGAAGUAUAAGUGAAAAAAAGUGAAACUGAUAACAAAAAUUGUUUUAUCUGGAAUUUUAGCGAGUCGCCCCGAUCCCGCACGCAUCCAGCAGAGAACGAUGUCCAACAGCCGUGUAUCCUCGCCACCCUCGCCCGGACCUGAUCCACCUGAGCCACCGUGCAAGCUGUCCGAGGAUAUGGGGAAUCUCCUUGACAACCCUAUUUUCAGCGAUGUCACAAUCUGCGUGGGCGGUCAAGAGCUCAAGGCGCACAAGGCCAUCCUGGCAGCUCGCAGUGCAGUCUUUGCGGCCAUGUUUCAAAUUGGGAUAGAGGGGCGAAAGGUGAAACGUUUGGUCAUAGCCGACGUAGUGGAUCCAGAGGCCCUAAAGGAAACGCUGCGUUUCAUAUACACGGGCAAAGCGCCCAAUGUGGGAAACAUGGCUGAUGAACUCCUAGCCGCAGCCGAUAGGUAUGCACUCGAAAAGCUGAAAGUGAUGUGCGAGAAGGAGCUGUGCGCCAAUCUCUCGGUGGAAAAGGCAGCCGAUACUCUUAUAUUGGCAGAUCUCUACAGUGCGGAUCUGAAGGCACAAACGCUUGAAUUCAUAUGUUCCCAUGCCAGCGAUGUGGUGGAAACCUCCGGAUGGCGAAAUAUGAUCGAUAGUCACUUACAUUUGGUAGCGGAGGCAUUUUAUGCGCUGGCCACCAAGCAAACGCAUUAGAAUGCGUUAAGAAAAUACAAUGCAAAAACUGCACGAACAAUAGUAAUAAGAACUUGAUAUGUGAUAUAUUUGUUGAUUGAACA